UGCUACUUGCGUCUCAAAUCUGGCGUCACUGGUAUAGAAGGUGCAUAUCAAAAUGACAGAAUGACACGUGAUAACGUCCACGAUAAUGAGACAAGCAGACAGCAGUAGACCGUGGAUAUGGGGCAGGCAAGUGAUACAUAAUACACCCAUUCGGCGCUGGUCAUUUUAAAGAAGAAGACACGACGUGUCAUACGAAGAAGUGGUUGACAGAUUGACAGGUUAGAAUAGAUGUGUGUUUCUCCUUCCAUUCUGGAUUUGGACUUAUUCUUUAAGACAAACGAUGUAUUUUAAUGACAGAUGAAAGGAUAUUUCGUUGAUGAAUCAUAAGUGAGUCAGAGAAAGAAAGCAGAGUGAUGGUUGACUUUAUUUCAUCAUUCCAUAGGAUGAUCUGUACAUGAUCGGUACAUGUUUGUAUCACUAAUGUCAUAGUGUAACACUUGUUUUACAUAUCAAUUUCAUCUUUCGCGAGAGGAGUUUAUGCAUAGUGAAGAUUCUUUUCACGAUGGAGCCCGGUGUGAGCAGAUCGGACGAUUAUACGGAGAUAAUACGGAAAUUACCUGUUUACUUGAAGCUGGCCUACGGCACCGGCCAUGUGCUUAAUGACAUAUGUGCUUCCAUGUGGUUCACGUAUCUGCUAGUAUUCUUUCACUUGGUGCUUGGAUUUGAUCCAACUUUGGCUGGUGUUGUGUUGCUCAUCGGUCAAGUAGCAGAUGGUUUGGUCACUCCAUUCGUUGGUUUGCAAUCUGACAGAAGUGAUAAUUUCUGGCUAUGUAGAUAUGGCAGGAGGAAAACUUGGCAUUUAUUAGGCACUGUUUGCGUACUACUAGGAUUUCCAUUUAUAUUUUCACAAUGUAUUGGCUGUGAAAAUGCGCAUCAGUGGGCACAAUUAGUUUAUUAUGCUGCUUUCGUAAUAAUUUUCCAAUUCGGUUGGGCAGCGGUGCAAAUAUCGCAUUUAGCUUUGGUUCCAGAGCUUACACCUGCUGAACAUGAAAGGACUGAGCUUAUUGCUAUAAGAUUUACAUUUACCGUCUUUUCCAAUAUUCUUGUCUACUGCAUCAUGUGGGGUAUACUACAUAUAACGAGCGAUCAAUAUGACGCUCAGAUUGGACCUGAUGACAUUCACAAAUUUCAGAAAGUUGUUCUAAUUGGAGUGUUAACUGGACUUGUAGCAUCUAUUAUAUUUCACAUUGUUGUUAAAGAAGGAAGCAAUAGUGCUGCAGGUAAUCUCUCGGAUAGAAACGCUAGGACAACAUUUAUGUUAUUGAAAGAUGCCAAAUUGUAUCAAGUAGCUUGUGUGUACAUGGUUACACGGUUAUUCAUCAAUUUGUGUCAGAUUUAUAUGCCUCUAUACUUACAUCAGUCGUUGAAAAUGCCUGCAACUUCCCUGGCUUACAUACCAUUGACAAUAUAUAUUAGUAGCUUCUUGAUGUCUUUAAUCAUAGAAAGACUUAAUACGAAAUGGGGUCGAAAAAUUGCGUAUUCCAUUGGUGCUUUGUUCGCAAUAUGCGCUUGUAUAUGGAUAAAAUUUGGCAAAGAUGAUGUAUAUAUCAAAUAUGAAAUCUAUGCAGUAGCCAUUUUGUUAGGUUUUGCUGGUGCAAUAAUGUUAGUGACUAGUCUCGGUGUCACUUCAGAUUUAAUAGGGAAAAAUACUGAGAGCGGUGCUUUUGCCUAUGGAGUUAUGAGUUUUACAGAUAAACUUAGUAAUGGUUUAGUGGUUAUGCUCAUUCAAUAUCUGGCAAAAUACUUUUCAUCCGAUUAUGGUAAUUACUACAGAGACAUUCUUACAUAUGUUUGUGGCGCAUCUGCGGUAUCUGGCUUAUUAAUGAUUUUGUACAUCAAACCGUUCUCUCGAGAUAUGGUAUUUGAUACUUUAUCCAACUAUGAGGACGAUGGUUUACUAGAAUCUUCAAACGAGAAUCAGAAUUUUACAAAUCAAGAUCAACUACAAGCUAACGUACAUUGAUAGAUAUAUAUAUAUAUAUUCAAAUAUAUAUAUUUAUAUUUGUGAAACAUUUUUAUAAAUAUUUAUUUUAGCACAAAAAGUGUAGAAAAUACAAAGAUAAUAUUUAUUAAAAGAAUAUAAGCACAUCGUCUAUUACACAUAGUAUAUAAGUAAACUACUAU